ACACUCGCACUCGUCUUCAAAAUAUCUCUCUGACAGCGAUAAUGGCGGAAUCACCGGCGCAGAGUGGUGCGGAGCUGGUUGCUCAGCAAGCUGAAUCGGAUCUGGCAUCUCUCGUAUUCGAAAUGUCGCAGCAAGUUCAGGCGGGGAUGGAGAAUAUGCUCAAGUUGGUCAAUGAGAUCGAUCAAAACUCAGUUGGAAUAAAGGAGGAGAUUGAGAAAUCAAAGGACUAUGCAAUGGAGAAGAAAAGGGUUCUCGAGGAAGAGAAGGAACAGUUCCAGAAAGCUGCUUACACCAUCCUUGACAUGUUAAGCAACCGAGGCUAGCUAGAUGCGGUACCAAUCAGAGGAGGGGAUGCAUGCUCUAUAGAAAGAAAAAAAACUUGAUCAGGUAAAGAAAUAAUAUAAAAUGUCCAAAAAAGAUUCACUGGCUUGGUUUUGUAUUUAGAUUUGACGUUUGCUAUUACCAUAAACUUUUAACAUGGAGUGGUGAAUUCAGAAAAUACAAGUGGAUGACUCUA